GAAUGGGGAUUCCCCGAUGGAAGUUCCCGGCUCCUUGUAUAACAUGUAAAAUGUACAUUUGUGUGAAAACUGCAUUUCCUCCCUUCAACGCGAACAUUUGGUAGUAGAGCAACAUCGAGGCAGCAGCAUGAUGAGUUCUACCCGAUAGAUUCAUACAGGUGUUUUGAGGCAGUUUUCGCAUGAAGGACUCAUGACAGCCUCAAUCGUGAUGUUACUGAAGGGCACGGCAUGGACAGAAACAGAGAUCAGCUAAACAAAGCCUAUGAAGCCUACCGCAAUGCCUCAAUUGAGAAGGACAAUGCCAAAGAGGAACUAAAACAAAAGACAGAGCAGUUUGAACGCUAUACUGAGCAGUUGGAAAGAAAGAUAGAAGACCAACAGCAACUGAUUUCAGAGCUAAAAGCACAACUGAUUUCAAUAAAGCUUGCCUCAGAGGAACCGAAAUGUUGUGAGGCUGCACACCGAAAACAGGAAACAGAAAGGUUAUCACCUAGCAGUCAGUGGCCUGGUAACCCCUCCACUUCCCAUAGGACUAACCAUAUCCUGAGUGUGAAGAAAGAAUCAGCUGCGUUUACUCAGACGCUUUUUCAUCAGUCACCUGGACACAGUGGCACUGAAAAUGUUCUAGACACGCUGCAGGAAAUCCAAGGGACUUUCCAGAGGAUUCAGACUCUUGCAAGGCAACAGAAAGAUCACCUAAAAAGAAUACCCAGAGGAAAUGACGCUACUAAUGAGCAGUUCUCCAUGCCCAUCCAGUGCACGGACGACACAGCCCAACAAGCCGAGGUGCCUUUUCCCGCCUCCUCACAAGCAAAGGUCAAAGACGGCUUAAUCUCAGGCGCACUAGCUUCACGCGGUGUCAGCCCAGAAGAUACAAGCUUCAUGGAUGGUGUUAAAUUUCCACCUCCUACAGACAGUGAAUAUGAAUUCCUGCACAGUACUCCAGACAGGCCCGUGCAAACAAUGUUUAGAAAAUGCCUGGCAGCUCCCACUUCCACAGUUCCAGAGGAGUCGUGCUCUUCAUACUCAGACUCUCUUCCACCAUCACACCUGCUGCCUUCAUCAGCGUCAAACGAGAGUGUCCGUGGACCACAACAGCCUCUUUGGAGCCCUGAUCUCUCUGCUUUGGCACUGGAGGCAUCAAGCAUGGAGGGUGAGGCAGCUGGUCCGAACCUGUGUCAAUUUUGCAAGGCUACUGUUCCCAAAGACCUCAUGUACAGCCACCUUAAUUCACACUUUAAGGACAAAGUGGUUGAUUGACACAGCCAGGCCCGGGAGCUGCCUGCAAGCCGAUGCCGUGCCUUAUUCAUGCCUUUGUUGGCUGUCCUAUUUACAAAAUCAGCACACCGCAUGACAGACACGUUGGCUUUUCACUGAAGGCAUAGUGAAAGGGGAGGUCUCCAUGCUCAUUUAUUUAAGCUCAAACAACUCUGAAUGGUACGUUUUGUGGUUUUUACAACUUAAUUAACUGGUUUCUACUUGUAGCAAUAACAUGUGAAUGGGUUCUAAUUACCUGUGUAAUAAAAUGAUAUAUACGUUU